AAGGUGAACCUGGAAAAGAUAAUGCAACACGAAAACGCAUACAUAAAUAUUUACCACAACCAUUUCAACUUAAAAUAGUUAUAACAGAUAAUUUUAAUAAACAAUCUUCAUUAAUUGUUGAACAAUUAAAUAAACUUCUUGAAUUUGAUACAUAUGAAUCAUUUUUGAAAUAUAAUCAAUCGUCAAUUAAUGAUUUAUUAGUAUUUAUUUAUGCUGAUGAUUGUGAGUAUGAUGAACGUAUGUUUAUGGCUAUUUAUUUAAAUACAGAAAAUCAACUUGUUAUUAAAUCAGGUCAUAUGUAUUCAAUAAUAUUAGAACGAAAAAAUAUUCGUACAAUGGAAUUUAAUGCAAAACAAGAUCAAACAACAGAAGUAUCAUUUGAUUCAAUUUAUUAUCAAUCUGGUAAACAAGAAAAAAAAGCAAUAGCUUUAUUUGAUUCACAGACUUAUAUGUUCUAUGCAAUUCGAUUAGAAAUAUCAACAAACACUUCAAAAACUGAAGAAACUGUGCUUUUACCAUUAGAAAAAAUCAAAUAA